GUUUCGGUUUCGGUUUCAGUUUUGAUUUCUAGCCAAGAGCUAGAGCUUUGGAUAUUUCAUUGACAAUGUUGCGUUUGUCCAAUUCCUCAUAUAGUUCCCUAUGUUUUAUUGUGUUUUCGAAUUUGGUGUGGCUCUUGCUGCUGACGACAACGACGACGUCUGCUAAACCAACAGACCCCAAUGAUUCCAAGCCGGGGAUGAAGCAUGUGACUGUCUUGGUGAAGCCAAUGAAUAAACCCCGCGAGGAGUUCGAUUUUGAGCGGAAUGAGAAAGAGGCCAUCAAUUCAGCCCACCUGCAGCAACUGUUUGGAAGUUUGCUGCAGCUGCCGGGUUCGGGAAACUCCAGUCUGCAGGUCACCAUCGAUACUGAUGAUGAUCCGGUCAGUGAGCGCAUCACGCUGGACGAUGAUAUGGAGAACACUGGUGAGCAACAUGAGCAGCAGCAUCGCAUCAAGCUGGCCAUUCCCGUUCUGGAGCCGGUCAGGCACCUUAUAAAUACGGUAGGCGGUGGCGGAGUGAACGAAUCCCAUGUCAAAAGCAACACCCACCGCCUGAUUGGACACCAUGGUGUGCAUGAGCCGCAUCAUUCCAGCGGAAAUGCCAGCUCUCCGGCCAUCGAAACAGAAGAGGAUAGGGAAACGGCGAUCGACAGCACUGGGUUCGAUGUCCUGGAGACGCUGGGUACGGCGGGCACAGUGCUCUGGGGCAUUCUGCAGAAUCUCCGGAAGCUCUUUGCGGCCAGUGCUGGGAAUGCCAGUUCCGCGUCCUCGGGCGGCGGAGGAGGACCGAAUUAGGCCGCGCCCCGGAGAGCUGUGUUCUGUGAUUAAUAUUGGACUUAUGUGAAAUGGGAUUUUUAUCACCUUUUUAAUUACUAAUAAAAUAAACGAACUCCGAAAAUCAUAUUUGCAAA